UUGCUGAUACUAAGCCACUCAGACGGUUCAUUUCAGCUCAUCACAUUGCUGUGCUUGGCGCUUCUCUCCUCGCAGCUGGAUGCGAGGCUCGUGAGGAUUCGUCGCAUUCGUCGCCUGGUCGGUGGCAGCGAACGUGAUGCCCAGAUAACGGAUUUUCGCGUACAGCCGCUGGACGAGAAUGGUGUCUUUAAGUAUGCCUUCAAGACGAGCAACGGCAUCGAUGUCCAGGCAGCGGGCAGUGCUUUGGAAACGAUUGGCAUCUUUAGCUACACCUCACCCGAGGGUCAGGAUAUCGAGACACGCUACAUAGCCGAUGAGUUGGGCUUCCAUGUGGUGGGCAGACAUCUGCCCCAACCACCGCCAACACCCAGCUAUAUACUGCGAUCAUUGGAGUACAUUCGCACCCACAACGAAGAUGGUUCGCCGAAAGUUCAUACACUGUGAUCUCGAGGCACGUGGCACGAGGCAGUGGCAGUGGCAGUGGCAGCUGAAGCAGAAGUCUGAUAAACUGAUAGCACGUAGAAUCAACAAAACAAAGAAAAAGAAACAAAAAACACAAAAAAAUAUCCCACACUAAUACAAUAUUCAACUGUUGAUAGUUUUCGUAAGUUGAAGCGGCGCAAAAGAUUUUUGGUCUUUUGGUCUUGGAUUUGUUUUUCUAGUCGUUCCGUUUUCAUAUAAAUCAUGUCAUCUGCUCUACUCUAUUCAUAUUCAAAUCGUCCCAUAUUCUUCCGUGCUUAUGGCUCAAACUAAUUUAUAUUGACACUUAAGCAUAAUUUAUAAGCAAUUUUAUCUCCCACCCACGUAAUUAAUAUAAGGAAAAAAAAACGAAACAAAUAAAAAUGCCAUGCUUUAAGUAUUUGUUUAGGAUCGAAGACCUCUUGUUGGCUAAUUAUAUGUCUUAAUCAUAAUGAGCACGAUCAUAAUGCUGUUUCGCAUGACGUGACCCGGCUCAUAAAUAUUUAUGCUUCUACUCAGAAUUCACAAAUCAAACUGGAUGGAAAUUAAAUGAGAUUCCAUUUUUCGAUGCUUUUCGAUAUCUACAGAUUUUUCGUUUAACUCUAUAUAAACAGGAUUUUCUUUCCGGGUGUCCACAUUUGUGCUUGAGUAUUCACAUUAUCAACAGCUAAAUGAUAUGUGAGUUCUCCCCGAAAACAAAACUAACUCAAAUAUUUGCAAAGCUUCCAUACUAGCUCGGCCUGAUCGAGCAUUAAUUCACUAUUAAAAUAUUCAUUUUAAGAUAUACAAAAAAGGAAAAAACAAAGAAAAAGAAUUCCAAAAAAAUCGAAAUAAAUCAAUAACGUGUACAAAAACUAUUCAUGCUUUAUUUUUUUAUUAUUGGCAAUGGAUCUAUAUUCGGCAUUUCAAUUUAUCAUUUACACUCAUCUAUACUAUAUGUUCUUAUAUGCAGGAUCCGCUACGAAACUCUUCUGGUUUGCACUGUUGAUGACAAUUAUAAACAUGCUAUAGAGAUUCCCCAUAAUUCAUUAGAUUGAACUUUGAAUUUGAAGAAUUGUUUUUGUGAAAUUUUGCAGAAUAUAUUG